GGAUUUGGGAAACGCAAUAUAUUCCGCAAUGCAUGAUGAAAUUGUCGUUCGAUUUAUCUGUGUAACAAAUUAGCGGAGUAUCAUCGAGGAUUAUCAGGUUACUUUCUUGUUAUAAAACUGUAGCGAUUGGUGUAGAGUGUAUUGAAAGGCUAGAAUCGAAUGUAGAUCUUUGAUCCUUGCCUAUUACAGUAAGAACGUAAUACGCGUUCUGCUAUAUACUUAACUUGCGGAUAAACCCCGCCGUCGUUUUAAAAAGUGAUCAACUUUGAAUCAAAAAGUAUGGAUGAAGCUCAUCGUCUGAAGAUAGCAGUCGUAAGAAAUGCCAUCGGCACGUACCCUGAUUUUCCAAAACCAGGAGUUAUAUUCAGAGAUGUGUUCAGCAUUCUGACCAAUGUGAGUGCGUCGCAGGUAUUGAUGGACCUCAUGGUGGAACAUGCAAGGUCGUUAGGAAUUGAUGUGAUUGUAGGUUUGGAUGCCAGAGGAUUUUUGUUUGGACCCUUAAUAGCUGCCAAACUUGAGAAACCAUUCGUACCGAUCAGAAAGAAAGGCAAGUUGCCUGGUCGAGUUCUUUCUCAGUCUUUUAAACUCGAGUACGGGGAGGAUACUUUUGAAAUACAAGAAAAUGUUCUGGGUAAAAGGAAACGUGUGCUCGUCGUUGACGAUCUUCUUGCUACUGGAGAAAAGGAGAGCAAUUUUUGCAUGUGCAAUGCAGAUAGAGGUUACAGGACUUAAUACCAAUUUUAAUUCCAGGCACAAUGGCGGCAGCUACUCAGUUAUUGAAUUUAGCUGAGGCGGAUGUUC